GUCAACAUCUCAGUGCGGGGCUCGUGCCAGAACGUGCUGGAGACCAUGGUCCGGGGCACGUGGUUGAGGAGAUCGCACAGUGAGCCGGAGUUAGAGGCUAUCAACAGGUUUCUCCACGAGGCAAGGGCCGGACAUUUCCUGCCAUAUUCUUUGCAAAGAGAAGACAAAAUGUGUGGUGAGUCACGUCAAACGGGGCUUUACUAGUACACAAGACUAAACAACACCAAAUAAAUCCUCCUUCCUUAUUCCUCACCACGAAAUAACAUCUCAAAAUAAUCUCCCUUCCUCGAACCUCUCUCCCCACCCGUGGCUUAUGAAGGGAGAUCAGAGAUGGCGGUCCGCCCGGCGUGGCACUCUUUUUAAAUGGAUGGGCAACUGCAGAGUUUUUUCUUGAAAGUUCGAGGCAGAACUCUUGCCUGUCCCAGGCGGUAUUAACCCUAGCUACUCCACAGCUCCCCACCAUCACAACAGCACACCAAUAACAUCACACGCCCAAUAAUCCUCAUUCGUCAACAUAACAAGCUACCAAGAAAUUAUUUAAAAGAAAAAAUAUAUUUAAAAAAACCUACACCACAACAACAAAUUAUACGGAGCACCUCCAUUUUUCUCUGAAAGGGAAUCUAAGUUUUGAUGAGCUGGAAGGACGAAUGCAUGACUUACACUGGUUCAGGGCCCUGUGUGACCCAGAAGGAGAUACCCCUUGCUGUUUCCAUAAUAGAUGUGUUGCCAUGACAACAGACGCGUGCCAGUGCCACCAGUGCUACGAUCUGAGGCAGCAAAUUCAUGCCGAGUUGGCCGAAUGGAAGCCAUCUGAUCCCGAAUGUCAGGUGACUAUUUCAAUUAACCAAAAAAAAAAUAAUUCUUUUGAAGAAUUACUUUUAUUCUUUCUAUAUUUUUCUAAAAAUAAAAGUAAAUACGCGAAAUUGGUGACGUAAUGGGAAAAUGCCUAUAAAAACUGUACGUUACAGGACAGUUUAUAAGUAAGGCCCGCGAAGUGGCUUGUUGGCAUACACGCUGUGGGGUAGGUAGAGGUCAGUGGUUCUCAACCUGUGGGUCGCGACCCCUUUGUGGGUCACACGACUCGUUCCAAGGGGUCGCCUAAGACCAUCUGAAAACACAUAUGUUCUACAGUUAUGAAGUAGCAACGAAAAUAAUUAUGUGGCUGGGGGUCGCCACACUAUGAAGGAACUGUGUUAAAGGGUCGUUAGGAAGGUUGAGAACCACUGCUCUAGGUGGUCCUUGUGUUAACCUCCGAGAUAAAGCUGAUGGAAGAAUGUUCUUCUGUCUUGCCAUUUCAGAUGACGUCGUUCACAGGUCCUGAUGACGUUUGUCACAUACUGCACAACAUGACGGUGUAUGUGAUCGGCGACUCGCUGCUACGCCAUGUCUACACAUCGCUGCUCACUCUCGUCAGACAAGGAAAGCACUACGGCCCCCUAGAGCAG